UCAAUUAAUCUCGCCACCACGCGCUUACACAACCGCGUCUAGUUAAUCCCCCUGCCCUUGCUAUAUAUCCCACCCACCAGCCACCACAAAUCCACCAAAUCCAUCCCACCCAAACAAAUCUCGCCCCCAACCUCGCCGCCGUCACCGGAAUCCCGCCGAAUCUCCACACCCAGCACCCACCCAAGGACUCCUCCGGCAGCGAUGGGCGCCGCGAGCCGCUGCACGUCGUGCCUGUGCUGCCCCUUCAAGUGCCUGGCCUGCGGCCUCUUCAGCUGCCUCUGCAGCAUCCUCAUCACCCUCCUCGUCAUCGCCGGGGUCCUCGCCCUCGUCCUCUACUUCAUCUUCCGCCCGCACAUGAUCGCCGCCACCGUCGACUCGGCCUCGCUCGCCACCUUCACCCUCUCCCCGUCCUCCGCGCUCGCCUACAACCUCACCGUCGCCAUGACCGUCCGCAACCCCAACAAGCGGGUCGGCCUCUACUACGACAACGUCGAGGCCCUCGCCCUCUACGAGGGCCAGCGCUUCGGGUUCGCGCCCAUUGAUUCGUUCUACCAGGGCACCGAGGAGUCGAGGCAGCUCACGCCGGUGUUUGGCGGCCAGCAGGUGCUCGAGGGCGACGUCACCGCCGCCAACUUCCGCACGCAGCAGUCCGCCGGCGCGUUCGACGUCGAGGUCAAGCUCAACGCCAGGCUCCGGGUCAAGGUCUGGUCCUUCAAGGUGCGCGGGCCCCGGGCCCGGAUCAGCUGCCCGCUCUCGCUACCCGCCCCCGGCGCCGCCUCCCCGCCCGCCUUCAAGCCCGUCGACUGCAAAGUCUGGUUCUGAUUCCAGGCUCUUUCGCUGCUCCUGAUUGAUUGAUUCGUUGGGGGAUCUGCUCUGCCGUGGUACAUCUUCCUGCUAGAGAUUUUCGGUGGUGGUUUACCUAUCUAGAAGACUAUCUGCUAUAGCAUUCGAUUAGCAUGCACAUAUUAUCGAUCCAUCCAUUACCUGUUCGCUUGGUUCUUUUUAUUACUAGUACUAUCAUACAGUACUCUAUCGGUUAUACUUUGGGAUCCUGCUAUUCCUUGCAUCUGUGUUGAUAUGUUCACCAUAUAUAUUCAGAUUUGUCCAUUAUUAGUUUA